AUGAAUAAGCCAACUUCAUCGCCAGAUGUGGAUAUGCACAGAAACAACCAACCUUUUAUCCCUUUGCAAUCCAAAAUAGACCGAUUUAUGGAGACCAAAUAUUCGUUGUUUUAUGAUAUUCUCUCCCAUGAUGCCUCUUCAGAUAACUCUGCCAAUUCUAUUUAUGACAAGGUUCUUUUGCUAAAAAACACGUUGUCCCAAGCUGUUGAUGAGCUUGAGCGCUUAGUCGAGGCAAAAGAAAAUGGUAGCAUAUUUAUUUUUUGA